AUGUAUCUCUGUUGCUGAAGAAUGAAGCAGGCAGGCUGGAGGUUUUUUAUGUUCAGUGCUUUUGGGACCACUAAAAAGAAGUCUGCAGAGAAAUACGUACAGCAGCUGUGCCAACUGAGUUUCUCAUGACUGUUAUCUGUCACUUAUUCUGACUAAAAGGGUGAAAGAAUGAUGUGAUGGGUGUGAAUAUGGGCCGCUGGUCAGGCUCACGGCUACCUCCGUCAUGCCUCGCCCUUCUGAUUGUCAAGUUCCUGGCCUCCAUUUGCCAGGUGGCUCACGGGACUGUCCCGCUUGGCUUUCACUUCACACAUUCCACUUACAAUGCCACAGUGUACGAGAAUUCCGCAGCCAGGACCUAUGUCAACAGUCAGACGAGGAUGGGCAUCACCAUGGCUGACCUUUCGUGGGAUAUCAAGUACAAAAUAGUGUCUGGUGAUGAUGAGGGCUUUUUUAAAGCAGAGGAAGUCAUCAUUGCUGACUUCUGCUUCCUCAGGAUAAGGACUAAAGGUGGGAAUUCUGCUAUAUUGAACAGAGAAAUCCAGGACAACUAUUUAUUGAUGGUAAAAGGGUCUGUCAGAGGAGAGGACUUGGAAGCAUGGACAAAAGUGAACAUCCAGGUUUUGGAUAUGAAUGACCUAAGACCUUUGUUUUCACCAACCACGUACUCUGUCACGAUAGCAGAAAGCACUCCCUUAAGGACUAGCAUUGCACAGGUGACUGCAACAGAUGCGGAUAUUGGGUCCAAUGGUGAAUUUUAUUACUACUUUAAAAAUAAAGUUGAUCUCUUCUCAGUUCAUCCUACGAGUGGUGUUAUCUCCCUAAGUGGCCGCUUAAAUUACGAUGAGAAAAACAGGUACGACCUUGAGAUUUUGGCAGUGGACCGUGGGAUGAAGCUUUAUGGAAACAAUGGCGUAAGCAGCACUGCCAAGCUUUAUGUUCACAUUGAACGUAUAAAUGAACAUGCCCCAACAAUAACUGUAGUAACCCACACCCCCUUCCCAUCAGACAAGGAACCUACCUAUGCAGUUGUUAACGUUGAUGACCUAGAUGAAGGAGCCAAUGGAGAAAUAGAAUCUGUUUCUAUUGUGGCUGGAGAUCCUCUAGAACAAUUCUUUCUGACUAAAGAGGGGAAAUGGAUGAAUGAGUACAAAAUCAAAGAGAGAAAGCCUGUUGAUUGGGACAGUUUCCCUUAUGGUUAUAACCUCACUCUCCAAGCUAAGGACAAAGGAUCUCCUCAGAAAUUUUCUGCAGUCAAACUGGUCCACAUUGCUAGUCCCAAGAAGGAAAGUAUACCCCUGAAGUUUGAAAAGGAAGCAUAUGAUAUUUUGAUCAGUGAAUUUUCACCUCCUGGUGUGGUGGUUGCAGUAGUUAAGCUGAUGCCUGAGCCACAGGGUGUGGAAUACAGAAUAUCUCCAAGUGAGGAUGCUGAGUAUUUUAAGAUUAAUCCCAACACAGGCCUUAUUACUACUGCUCGUCCUUUGAAAAUCAUUGAGAAGGACCUCUAUGAAUUAGAAGUAUAUGCAAACAAAGGUGGUGAUUUGAAAGCACAGGUUACUGUCAGGUUAGAGGAUGCCAAUGAUCACACUCCGGAGUUCCAGCAGCUCUCCUACAGCUCAUUCGUCAAUGAAAGUGUCCCAGUGGGGUCCAGCGUCCUGGCAGUGUCAGCAGUUGAUGAAGACAGGGGAGAAAAUGGGUACAUCACAUACAGUAUUGCCAGUCUGAACUCACUGCCAUUUACAAUAAACCAGUUUACAGGUGUCAUCAGCACAUCUGAAGAACUGGAUUUUGAGUCCUCACCAGAAAGCUACAGGUUCAUUGUGAGGGCUUCCGACUGGGGUUCUCCCUACCGCCACGAAAGUGAGGUGAAUGUCACCAUAUACAUAGGCAAUGUCAACGAUAACAAGCCCCUCUUUGAAAAAGUGGCCUGUCAGGGAGUGAUUUCAUCUGACUUUCCUGUUGGUGGUCACAUCACUGCUGUUUCUGCAAUAGACAUAGAUGAGCUAGAGCUUGUGAAGUACAAAAUAAUCUCUGGAAAUGAGCUUGGCAUUUUUUAUUUAAAUCCAGACUCUGGUGUCCUGCAACUUAAAAAAUCUCUUGUUAACUCCGGCAUAAAGAACAGCAAUUUUGGCCUCAAGAUAACGGCAACUGAUGGAGAGAACUUUGCUGAUUCUAUGUUCGUUAAUAUUUCAGUAGUUCACGGGAAGGUGUCUUCAAAGACCUUUAGCUGUAGAGAAACUAGAGUUGCUCAGAAGCUAGCAGAAAAAUUGCUCAAAAAGGCAAAAGCAAAUGUGAAGCUGAAUUUGGAAGACGGUUUUCUUGAUUUUUAUUCAGUCAACAGGCAGGCACCUCAUUUUGACAAAUCCUUUCCGACUGAUGUAAAAGUUUCGGAAGAUCUGCCGGUUGGGGCCACCAUCCUGAGGAUAAAAGCCUAUGAUGCUGACUCAGGCUUUAAUGGAAGAGUGCUUUUUACAAUUUCUGAUGGUAAUGUAGAUAGUUGUUUCAACAUUGACAUGGAGAUGGGGAUACUUAGUGUUCUCAUGCCCUUGGACCGUGAAAAAACUGAGCUCUAUCUCCUUAAUAUUACAAUUUAUGAUUUAGGUAAUCCACAGAAAUCUGCGUGGAGACUGCUGACUGUCACUGUGGAGGACGCAAACGAUAACAAGCCUGUUUUUUUACAGGACAGUUACUCGGUUAAUAUUUUAGAAAGCACAAGUCUUGGUACGGAGAUUAUCCAGGUAGAAGCCAGAGAUAAAGACCUAGGAUCUAACGGUGAAGUGACUUACUCGGUACUGACGGACACCCAUCAAUUUGCUAUCAACAGUUCCACGGGAGUGGUGUAUGUGGCAGAUCAACUAGACCGGGAAGCAAAGGCAAACUACACGCUGAAGAUUGAGGCUAGGGACAGAGCAGAGAGCGGCCAUCAGCAGUUUUCCGUUGUGCCUCUGAAGGUUUUUUUGGACGACGUUAACGAUUGCUCCCCAGCCUUUAUCCCGUCCAGCUACAACGUGAAGGUCCUUGAGGAUCUGCCGGUCGGCACUGUCAUCGCUUGGCUGGAAACCCAGGAUCCAGACCUGGGCUUGGGCGGCCAGGUGCGCUACUCGCUGGUGAACGAUUACAACGGGCGCUUCGAGAUCGACAAAGCCAGCGGCGCCAUCCGCCUGAACAAGGAGCUCGACUACGAGAAGCAGCAGUUCUACAACCUGACCGUGCGUGCCAAGGACAAGGGGCGCCCAGUUUCUCUCUCUUCUCUCUCUUUUGUGGAAGUUGAAGUGGUGGAUGUUAACGAAAAUCUUUAUACCCCUUAUUUUCCUGACUUUGCUGUCGUUGGAUCUGUAAAGGAAAACUCCCGCAUUGGUACAAGUGUUUUGCAAGUUGUUGCUCGGGAUGAGGACUCUGGAAGAGAUGGGGAGAUCCAGUAUUCCAUCAGGGAUGGCAGUGGUCUGGGGAGAUUCAGCAUCGAUGAAGAAACUGGAGUUAUCUACACAGCAGAUAUUCUUGACCGGGAGACCACCAGAUCCUACUGGUUGACGGUGUAUGCGACCGAUCAUGGUGUUGUCCCACUCUACACCACCAUCGAAGUCUACAUUGAAGUGGAGGAUGUGAAUGACAAUGCCCCUCUCACCUCUGAGCCUAUCUAUUACCCAGUCAUCAUGGAGAACUCUCCUAAGGAUGUAUCUGUCAUUCAGAUCCAAGCCCAGGACCCUGACUCCAGCACUAAUGACAAACUGACUUACCGGAUUACAAGUGGAAAUCCCCAGAACUUCUUUGUAAUCAAUCCCAAAACAGGUCUGAUUACCACAACAUCAAGAAAAUUGGAUCGGGAACAGCAAGCAGAACAUUUUUUAGAGGUGACUGUCUCAGAUGGGGGCACGUCUCCCAAGCAGUCCUCUGUGUGGGUGGUGGUCCGGGUUCUGGAUGAGAAUGAUAACAAGCCCCAGUUCUCAGAGAAAGCCUACAAGAUCAAGCUGCCCGAGAGGGACCGCAAGAAGAGAGGGGAGCCGAUCUACAGAGCUUUUGCUGUUGACAAAGACGAAGGCCCUAAUGCAGAAAUCUCGUACAGCAUCGUGGAUGGCAACGACGACGGGAAGUUUUUCAUUGAUCCCAAAACAGGGAUGGUUUCUUCCAGAAAGCAGUUCACAGCAGGGAGUUACGACAUCUUAACAAUAAAAGCAGUGGACAACGGCCGGCCCCAGAAAUCCUCAACUGUGCGUCUGCACAUCGAGUGGAUAAAGAAGCCGCCGGUGCCCUCGCCCGUGCCCCUGACCUUCGACGAGCCCUUCUACAACUUCACCGUCAUGGAGAGCGACAGGGUGACCGAGAUGGUCGGGGUGGUGUCUGUGCAGCCCUCCAGCAUCCCCCUCUGGUUCGACAUCGUCGGAGGGAAUUACGAUAGUUCUUUCGACGUGGAUAAGGGAGUGGGCACUAUUGUCGUUGCAAAGCCCUUGGAUGCAGAGCAGAGGUCAAUGUAUAAUAUGACUGUGGAGGUCACCGAUGGAACAAACAUUGCCACAACUCAGGUUCUUAUCAAAGUGUUGGAUAACAAUGAUAAUGGCCCGGAAUUCUCUCAGCCAAGUUACGAUGUCACCAUUUCAGAGGACAUCCUCCCUGAUACUGAAAUUCUGCAGAUUGAAGCUAUAGACAGAGAUGAAAAGCAUAAGCUGAGCUACACUAUUCACAGCAGCAUCGACACAAUCAGCAUGAGGAAAUUCAGGAUUGAUCCCAACACUGGGGUUCUCUACACAGCUGAGAGAUUAGACCACGAAGCUCAAGAUAAGCACAUCCUCAAUGUCAUGGUCCGAGAUCAAGAGUUCCCUUAUAGAAGAAAUCUGGCCAGAGUCAUCAUAGAUGUGGAAGACUCCAAUGACCACAGUCCCUACUUCACCAGCCCAUUGUAUGAGGCCUCAGUGUUUGAAUCAGCAGCAGUUGGAUCAGCAGUGUUGCAGGUCACGGCUCUGGACAAAGACAAAGGAGAAAAUGCAGAGCUUAUCUACACUAUUGAAGCAGGAAACACGGGAAACACAUUCAAGAUUGAACCAGUUUUAGGCAUCAUUACAUUACUCAAGGAGCCAGACUUAACCACAAUGGGACAGUUUGUCUUGUCAGUCAAAGUGACUGAUCAAGGUUCUCCAGCGCUGUCUGCGACAGCAAUUGUGCGGAUCUCUGUGACCAUGGCAGAUAACUCCCACCCUAAGUUCACUCUAAAAGAAUACCAAGCAGAGGUUAAUGAAAAUGUGGAUAUUGGUACUUCUGUCAUUUCUCUCUCUGCCAUCAGUCAGUCCACGUUAGUUUAUGAGGUCAAAGAUGGCAAUGUUGAUGGAGUCUUCACCAUAAACCCAUAUUCUGGAGUGAUCACCAGUCAAAAGACCCUUGAUUAUGAGCGUGCUUCCUCCUAUCAGCUCAUCGUACAGGCAACAAAUAUGGCAGGCAUGGCCUCAAAUGCCACUGUGAACAUUCAGGUUGUUGAUGAAAAUGAUAACCCACCAGUUUUUCUCUUCUCUCAGUACUCGGGCAGCAUAAGCGAAGCUGCUCCUGUGAACAGCGUGGUCCGGAGUGCGAACAACAGUCCCCUCGUGAUCCGUGCCACCGAUGCUGACAGCAACCAGAACGCUUUGCUUGUCUACCAGAUUGUUGAAUCAACUGCAAAAAAGUAUUUCACCGUAGAUUCCAGCACAGGUGCCAUCAGAACAAUUGCAAAUUUAGAUCACGAAACCAUAGCCCACUUCCAUUUCCAUGUUCAUGUUAGAGACAGUGGGAAUCCCCAGCUUACAGCAGAGAGCCCUGUUGAAGUCACCAUUGAGGUAACUGAUGUCAAUGACAACCCACCAGUCUUCAGUCAGGCCGUAUUUGAGACAGUCUUGCUCCUGCCCACAUACACUGGUGUCGAGGUUCUCAAAGUCAAAGCUUCAGACCCAGAUUCAGAGAUCCCUCCAGAACUAACAUUUAGUAUAAUUGAAGGCAGUAUGGAUCAUUUUUUAAUUGACUCAAGCACAGGGGUAGUCACCAUUAAAAACAACAGUCUCUCCAGAGACCAUUAUAUGCUAAUAGUAAGAGUAUCUGAUGGGAAAUUUUAUAGCACUGCUAUGGUGACAAUAAUGGUAAAAGAAGCUAUGGAUAGUGGACUCCAUUUCACACAAAAUUUUUAUUCCACUUCUAUCUCAGAGAACAGCACCAAUAUUACAAAGAUCGCUGUGGUGAAUGCUGUUGGCAACCGCCUCAACGAGCCUUUGAAAUACAGCAUAUUAAACCCAGGAAACAAAUUUAAAAUCAAAUCCACCUCAGGAGUCAUUCAGACCACUGGCAUCCCCUUUGACCGAGAGGAACAGGAGCUGUAUGAGUUGGUGGUGGAAGCAAGCCGUGAGCUAGACCACCUCCGUGUCGCUCGAGUCGUGGUGAGAGUUUACAUUGAGGACAUAAAUGACAAUGCCCCGGUGUUUGUAGGGCUUCCAUACUACGCUGCUGUGCAGGUGGAUGCUGAGCCUGGUACCCUGAUAUACCGGGUGACAGCUGUAGAUAAAGACAAGGGUGACAAUGGCGAGGUGUCAUACCUGCUGAAGGAAGACUAUGGACAUUUUGAAAUUGAUAGAGAAUCUGGUAGCGUCACUUUGAAAGAAGCCUUCAAUUCCGAUUUGUCUAAUAUAGAGUACUUGGUUGUCAUUCUUGCCAAAGAUGGUGGUGACCCGUCCUUGUCUGCGUUGGUAGAGCUCCCCAUUACUAUUGUUAACAAAGCAAUGCCUGUGUUCGACAAGCCCUUCUAUACAGCUUCCGUCAAUGAGGAUGUAGAAAUGCACAUGCCAAUUUUAAGCAUUAAUGCAACCAGUCCAGAAGGCCAGGGUAUCAUUUAUAUCAUUGUUGAUGGAGAUCCCUACAACCAGUUUAAUAUCGACUUUGAUACUGGAGUUCUGAGUGUCAUCAGCCCGCUGGACUAUGAAAUAAAUUCUCUUUUCAAGCUGACGGUGCGAGCCAGCGAUGCUCUCACUGGCGCUCGCGCUGAGGUAACUGUGGACUUGAAUGUUAAUGAUGUUAAUGAUAAUCCUCCAGUUUUUGAUCAGUCAGCUUAUAAUGCUACUCUGUCCGAGGCUUCUUUGAUUGGGACUCCUGUACUGCAGGUUGUUGCUACUGAUGCUGACUCUGACCAUAACAAGAUUGUACAGUAUCACAUAGUCCAGGACACCUUUAACAGCACCGACUAUUUCCAUAUAGACAGCAGCAGUGGCCUGAUUUUGACAGCCCGGAUGCUGGAUCAUGAACUCAUACAGCAGUGCAGCUUGAAAGUCAGAGCAACUGAUAAUGGGUUCCCACCUCUGAGCAGUGAGGUUCUCGUUAGUAUCUCAGUAACAGAUAUGAAUGACAACCCUCCAGUUUUUAACCAGUUAAUAUAUGAAUCGUAUGUGAGCGAACUGGCACCUCGGGGCCAUUUUGUGACUUGUGUCCAAGCUUCUGAUGCCGACAGCUCUGAUUUUGACAGACUGGAGUACAGCAUCCUGUCAGGGAAUGAUCGGACCAGUUUCAUCAUGGACAGCAAGAGCGGUGUGAUCACCCUUUCCAACCAUCGCAAGCAGAGGAUGGAGCCCAUGUACAGCCUGAACGUCUCCGUGUCAGACGGGCUGUUCACCAGCACGGCCCAGGUGCACAUUCACAUCCUCGGGGCCAACCUCUACAGCCCCGUGUUUUCACAGAGCAUUUAUGUUGCAGAGGUUAGAGAAAACGCUGCUCCUGGAACCAAGGUAAUCCAUGUGAAGGCGACAGACGGGGAUUCAGGUGUAUAUGGCCAGAUCAGCUACUCCAUAAUAAAUGACUUCGCCAAGGACCGAUUUUUGAUUGAUGCAAAUGGGCAGAUUCUGACAACUGAGAGGUUAGACCGGGAGAACCCACUGGAAAGUGAUAUUGAUAUAUUCUUGAGAGCCCUUGAUGGAGGUGGCAGGACUACAUUUUGCACUGUGAGAGUCAUAGUAGUGGAUGAGAAUGACAAUGCUCCCGUAUUUAUGACGGUCGAAUACAGAGCAAGUGUCAAAGCAGAUGUUGGGAAAGGUUACUUGGUGACCCAAGUGCAAGCAGUAGAUCCAGAUGAUGGCGCCAAUUCCAGAAUUACCUAUUCUCUGUAUAGUGAAGCCUCUCUUUCAGUAGCUGAUCUGCUUGAAAUAGAUCCAGAUAAUGGAUGGAUGGUCACCAAGGGUAGCUUUAACCAGCCGAAAAACACUGUUCUGUCAUUCUUUGUCAAAGCAGUUGAUGGUGGCAUUCCUGUAAAGCAUUCCCUCAUUCCUGUCUACAUCCAUGUUUUACCACCAGAAACCAUUUUGCCUUCUUUUUCUCAACCCCAGUAUUCUUUCACAGUGGCAGAAGACACCCUCAUAGGCAGUACUAUUGACAUUCUGCAUGUUUUGCCCAAUCAGGGUGCUUUGUAUAGCACAGUUAAUGGUGAGCUACCUGAAAACAACAAAGAUGGGGUUUUCAUCAUAGAGAAAGACACAGGGCUCAUAAAAUUGGAUAAGAGACUUGACCACGAAAUAAAUCCCACCUUUCACUUCAAAGUUGCGGCCACAAUUCAAUUAGACAAAGUAGACGUUGUGCUGACGGUGGAUGUGGAGGUGAAGGUGUUGGAUGUAAAUGACAACAAGCCUGUGUUUGAAACAGCUACCUAUGAUGCUGUAAUAAUGGAAGGGAUGCCUAUAGGAACAAAACUGAUGCAAGUCAAAGCGGUUGAUGCAGACUCGAGUGCGAAUGGGCAGGUCACGUACACGCUUGCGGUGGAAUCAGAGCUGCAGAAGAUCACAGAAGCAUUCACCAUUGAUAGCAACAGUGGCUGGAUCAGUACACUGAAGGACCUGGACCAUGAAAAGGAUUCUGCUUUCACCUUUGCCGUGGUGGCCUCAGAUCUGGGGGAAGCUUUGUCCUUGUCCUCAACCACCUUGGUCUCAGUUACGGUGACAGAUAUAAACGACAACGCCCCCGUCUUUGAGCACGAGGUGUACAGAGGGUCAGUGAAGGAGAGUGACCCCCCAGGGGAAGUUGUGGCUGUUCUUAGCACCUGGGAUGAAGACACAUCUGAUGUCAAUCGGCAGGUUAGCUACCAUAUUACAGGAGGGAAUCCCAGGGGGAAGUUCGCUCUGGGGCUGGUUCAGAAUGAGUGGAAAGUUUAUGUUAAAAGGCCUCUGGAUCGGGAAGAGCAAGACAUUUAUUAUCUGAACAUCACCGCCACAGAUGGCCUCUUUGUGACCCAGGCUGCUGUGGAAGUGACUGUCACUGAUGUUAAUGAUAAUAAUCCAGUUUGUGAACAGGUUGCAUACACAGCAUUGUUUCCUGAGGACAUUCCACCAAACAAAGUAAUUCUCAGAAUCAGCGCUAAAGAUGCUGACAUUGGCUCCAAUGGUGAAAUUCGCUAUUCUCUGUACGGCUCAGGGAACAACAAAUUUUUCUUAGAUCCAGAAAAUGGUGAGCUGAAAUCUUUGGCCCCUCUCGACCGAGAGAAAAUCCCUGCAUACAACUUGGUUGCCCGAGCCACUGAUGGUGGUGGCAGGUUUUGCCAGUCAGAAAUCCAUCUUAUUUUAGAAGAUGUUAAUGAUAAUCCACCAGUGUUUUCAUCUGACCACUACACUGCGUGUGUCUAUGAGAACACAGCCACUAAAGCUUUGUUAACAAGAGUCCAAGCAACUGAUCCUGAUGUUGGCGUGAACAGAAAAGUCACCUAUUCCCUGUCAGACUCCGCAGAUGGUUUCUUCUCAGUUGACCGGUCAUCAGGAAUCAUUAUUUUGGAGCAUCCACUUGAUAGAGAGCUUCAGUCCUCCUAUAACAUCACUGUAAAGGCCUCAGAUCAGAGCAUUGUGCUGACCUUAUCCUCGUUUGCCACCGUUACCAUUACAGUGCUAGACAUUAAUGACAACCCUCCUGUCUUUGAAAGGAGAGAUUACCUUGUUACAGUGCCUGAAGACACCUCACCUGGCACCGAGGUCCUUUCUGUUUUUGCUACAAGCCAAGACAUUGGUACAAAUGCUGAGAUUGCCUAUCUCAUCAGAUCAGGGAAUGAGAAAGGGAAGUUCAGGAUUAACUCCAAAACAGGAGUGAUUUCCAUUGUCGAGGCUCUGGAUUUCGAGUCGUGCAAGGACUUCUACCUGGUGGUGGAAGCGAAGGACGGCGGCAGCCCGGCGCUGAGCGCGGUGACGACGGUGAACGUGAACGUGACGGACGUCAACGACAACGCGCCCACCUUCAGCCAGGCCGUGUACAGCGCCGUGGUCAGCGAGGACGCGGCCGUCGGCGACUCCGUGCUCAUGUUGAUAGCAGAAGAUCUGGACAGUCCUCCCAAUGGUCAGAUUCAUUUUUCCAUAGUGAAUGGGGAUCAAGACAAUGAAUUUUCAGUCGAUCCUGUUUUGGGACUCGUGAAGGUUAAAAAGAAAUUGGAUAGAGAAAGGAUAUCUGGUUAUUCAUUAGUUGUCCAGGCAAGAGACAGUGGUACCCCUCCUUUGUCUUCAUCUGUGACAGUCAAUGUGGACAUUUCUGAUGUGAAUGAUAACAGCCCUGUGUUUACUCCAGCUAACUACACAGCUGUAAUUCAAGAAAAUAAACCAGUGGGCACAAGCAUUUUGCAGCUGGUAGUGACAGACAAAGACUCUUUUCACAAUGGCCCCCCUUUUACCUUCACCAUCCUCACUGGCAAUGAAGAGGAGGAGUUUACACUGGACCCUCAUGGUGUUUUGAGAUCUGCAGUCAUCUUCAAGCACAUGGUCUCAACUGAGUAUGUGCUCUGCGUGCAGGCAAAGGACUCUGGGAAGCCUCAGCAGGUUUCCCACACCUAUGUUCAGGUGAGGGUUAUUGAAGAGAGCAUUCACAAACCAACCGCCAUUCCACUGGAGAUUUUCAUUGUCACCAUGGAAGACGAUUUUCCCGGGGGAGUCAUUGGCAAAAUUCACGCCACAGACCAGGAUGUGUACGACGUCCUCACCUACACGCUGAAAUCAGAGCAGAAGAGCCUGUUCAAGGUGAACAGCCACGACGGGAAGAUCAUCGCCCUCGGAGGGCUGGAUAACGGCAAGUACGUGCUGAACGUCUCGGUGAGCGACGGCCGCUUCCAGGUGCCCAUCGACGUCGUGGUGCACGUGGAGCAGCUGCUGCAGGAGAUGCUGCACAACACGGUCACCAUCCGCUUCGAGAACGUUUCCCCGGAGGACUUCGUGGGGCUGCACAUGCACGGCUUCAGGCGCACCCUGCGCAACGCCGUGCUCUCCCAGAAGCAGGACAGCCUGCACAUCAUCAGCAUUCAGCCGGUGGCGGGCAGCAGCCAGCUCGACAUGCUCUUCGCCGUUCAGAUGCACAGCGGCGGCUUCUAUAAGCCUGCCUAUUUGAUUCAGAAGCUUUCCAAUGCGAGGAGACACUUGGAAAAUGUGAUUCGCAUUUCUGCAAUCCUGGAGAAGAAUUGCUCCGGACUGGAUUGUCAGGAGCAGCACUGUGAGCAAAGUCUGUCUAUUGAUUCGCAUUCCCUGAUGACUUACAGCACAGCACGAAUUAGUUUUGUGUGCCCCCGCUUUUACAGGAAUGUGCGCUGCAUGUGCAAUGGAGGACUCUGCCCAGGGUCCAACGAUCCCUGUCUGGAGAAGCCGUGUCCAGGGGACAUGCAGUGUGUGGGGUACGAAGCCAACCGGAGACCCUUCAUCUGCCAGUGCCCACCAGGAAAGCUUGGCGAGUGUUCAGGCCACACUUCCCUUAGCUUUGCUGGGAAUAGCUACAUUAAAUACCGUGUUUCUGAAAAUAGCAAGAAAGAGGAAUUCAAGUUGGCUCUCCGUCUGCGAACCCUGCAAAGCAAUGGGAUUAUAAUGUACACCAGAGCAAAUCCCUGUAUAAUUCUGAAGAUUGUCGACGGCAAACUCUGGUUCCAGUUGGAUUGCGGGAGCGGCCCGGGAAUCCUGGGGAUUUCUGGCAGGGCCGUAAACGAUGGCAGCUGGCACUCGGUGUUCCUGGAGCUGAACCGCAACUUCACGAGCCUGUCCCUGGACGACAGCUACGUGGAGCGCCGCAGGGCGCCCCUCUACUUCCAGACGCUCAGCACCGACAGCUCCGUCUACUUCGGCGCCCAGGUGCAGGUGGACAACGUCCGCAGCCUGACCGACAAGAGGACCACGCAGGUGCUGAGCGGCUUCCAGGGCUGCCUGGACUCCGUGGUGCUCAACAACAACGAGCUGCCGCUGCAGAACAAGCGCAGCAGCUUCGCGGAGGUGGUGGGGCUGACGGAGCUGAAGCUCGGCUGCGUGCUGUAUCCCGACGCCUGCGAGAGGCACCCCUGCCAGAACGGCGGCACCUGUGCUGCCGUGCCAUCUGGUGGGUACCAUUGCAAUUGCCUCUCCCAGUUUACAGGAAGGAAUUGUGAGUCAGAGAUCACAGCCUGCUUCCCAAAUCCUUGCCGGAAUGGAGGCUCGUGUGAUCCCAUCGGCAACGCUUUCAUCUGCAGCUGCAAAAAUGGCCUGACAGGAGUAACGUGUGAAGAAGACAUCAACGAGUGUGAAAGAGAAGAGUGUGAGAAUGGUGGCUCCUGUGUGAACAUCUUUGGUUCCUUCCUGUGUAACUGCACCCCUGGCUACGUGGGUCAAUACUGUGGUCUUCGCCCCGUGGUGGUUCCCAACAUACAAGCUGGGCAUUCCUACGUUGGCAAGGAGGAGCUGAUAGGAAUAGCCGUGGUCCUGUUUGUCAUAUUUGUGUUAAUCGUUCUUUUCAUCAUUUUUCGCAAGAAAGUUUUCAGGAAGAACUAUUCCCGCAACAACAUCACGCUCGUACAGGAUCCGGCUACAGCAGCCCUGCUCAACAAGAGCAAUGGCAUCCAAUUCAAGAACAUCAGGAACAGUGGAGACAGCAGGAAUAUCUACCAAGAGGUUGGGCCUCCCCAGGUGCCAGUGAGGCCAAUGGCCUAUACUCCAUGCUUCCAGAGUGACUCACGGAAUAACCUGGACAAGAUAGUGGAUGGGCUUGGCGUGGAGCACCAGGAGAUGACAACGUUUCAUCCCGAGUCCCCUCGAAUCCUGACAGCCAGGAGGGGGGUGGUGGUGUGCAGUGUAGCUCCAAACUUGCCUGCUGUGUCUCCCUGUCGCUCCGACUGCGACUCCAUCAGGAAGAGCACCUGGGAUGCAGGGACAGAAAGUAAAGGGGUUGAUGACGCUGAAGAAGUGACCUGUUUUUCAGGAAGUAAUAAAGGCAGCAACUCUGAAGUACAGUCCCUCAGCUCCUUCCAGUCUGACUCUGGAGAUGAUAAUGCGUAUCAUUGGGAUACCUCUGACUGGAUGCCCAGCGCUCGCCUGUCCGACAUUGAGGAAGUGCCCAAUUUUGAGACGGCGGAAGGAGGCUCGGCUCAUCACGGCAGUACCAGAGAGCUGGAAACAGAUUACUACCUUGGUGGCUAUGACAUCGACAGCGACUACCCUCCCCCUCACGAAGAGGAGUUCCUGAGCCAGGACCAGCUGCCCCCUCCUCUCCCAGAGGAUUACCCAGACCAGUAUGAAGCGCUCCCACCCUCGCAGCCGGUCUCGAUGGCGAGUACUCUCAGCCCUGACUGCAGGAGACGGCCGCACUUCCACCCGAGCCAGUACCUCCCUCCCCACCAGUUCCCCAACGAGACGGACACCACGGGGUCUCAGGCUGGGAACGAGCUUAGUACUUUUGCUGUUGGCCCGAGCCAGAACGCAGAAAAUGUUAGUGCAGGUAAGAUGCCCUUAUCCUUGCACAACUCUCUGAACGCCUCCUCCUCUGACGUCUCAGCCGGCUGCGGCUUUGAUGACUCCGAAGUAGCCAUGAGUGACUUUGAAAGCGUGGAGGAACUCAGCCUAGAAAAUGUUCACAUUCCAUUUGUGGAGACCCAGCAGCAGACACAAGUGUAAAGGAAGCUCCUUUCUUCUUCCUCCUCCUCUUCUUUUUUUUUUUAAUUUUGUCAUUUGGUCCAAUUAAUAGUAUAAAUAUUGAGAAGAAAUUUUCUGAAGGUGUGUCUAUAUAUAUAUUGGGCAAAGAAAAGUACAGUAUAACCCAUUAUUAACUUGUUCAGAAAUGAUACUGUAUGUGCAGACACGAAGAGACCAAUUGUGUUAAGUAUUAUACAUCACAAAAUUGUUACAGACAAUCUGGAGAGUGUGUACCUUCUAUUUAUUACCAAGAAUAAAACUCAGCUUUUGAGGCAGGGGGAAAAAUAACUGCUGAGUAGUUUCUUUCUCUCUCACAAAGUUGGGUUGUUUUGGGGGUUUUUUUGGCAUUGUGUUAUUAAAAGUGUUACAGUGUUAUGACCUCCCCACAGUAUUAAGGAAUGGGUGUGCAUCAUUCUAGGAUGCACUGAUGCAUGAAAUUUUAUGUCAGCAAAGAAUGAAAGUAAUUGGUUGCUGGGGCUGCUGCAUACAACAUGUCAGCUGGCUAAAAAUAGCGACAUUUAUGAAUUGACCUAUCAAAGACAAGUGACCAGUUAUUUGUCCAUAAAUAUUUAUCUAUACUUUCGUUUAUUACAUAGCAUUUCAUUCUACUUUGUAUAGAGUAACACACGUACAUACCAUUUAUAUUUACUCCAAAUUGGCUUCUUUGGUUGUCAUUUUUAAAACCUGAUGUCGGGUAUAUGUGCAUAGCUCUGCCCAUGAGGACUUCCUGAAAUGCCAGAGUUUGGCUCAGGAGUGGCCUGGUUUUGCCCCAGCUGUGUAUGCACAGCCUCUCUUAACGUGUGUGCAACGUGAACAUGGGUCUGAAAACGUGGGGUAACCUACACAGCUGAUCUUUUUUAAAAUUUCAUGCUUGGGCAAUCAGCUCUUUGACAGCAGUCCUCAUGCUGAAGUUACUGCAGUAGAAUUAGUUGCAAUUAAGUUACAUAUAAGGCUGCUGUAACCUCACAUCAUUAGUUUAAUGUCUUUUGGCAAAGGUCCAUCCCUAGAGUUCACAGCUGCUGUGGACUGACUCAGUCAGUGGAGCUGCAUGAAUGGACUGUGGCCAAAGAUCUGUUGCUAGAUUUUCCACUGGGUGCAUGAUUUUGUAGGAUUUGAGUACAUCCAAAGGUUGUUUGCAGACUUCAGAACACUGAUUGUUGUGGAAUCAAGAAAACCAUGGCAUCUGUAUGCUUUCAUGUUUCCCUCAGCCUGAUUGGAGUAAAUGGUCAUUCACAUUGAUUUGGUCAGAGCAGUCAAGUGCAAUCUGGAAAUAGGGGAUUUUCACUCAGUGUAUUAAAGCAGAGUAUACACACCUGUUGCUUGGUGCUCUGAAAAUGUCUUUACCACUGCAUUUUACAGCAUCUGUGUACUUUACCUGUGAAUGUGAGUCUACAAGCCUGCAUUACUGUUGGGUUUUCAUCCAUUUCUUCCAUGGCAUAAUGCUGUCAUUUUGAAAAGCUGUUGAAUACCUAAAUCAUUGUGAUAAAUGCACAAUAUUCAUUAGUAGGUUUCCCAUGCUGCUUUCCCUGUCCUGUCACUUGGUCAGUCACCUUAACUGGAUAGUUUUCAGCAGUUGUAUGCCAGGGCAUGUUCUUGACUUCCAUGAGUUUUCACACAAAAUUAAAUGUGGGCCAUUUCUUGACAUACAGGAAGGAUUUAUUCAGAAAUUUUCCCCAACACAAUGAAAUUACUAGUAGACUGUAAUUUAAAUAAUUGCAGCUUGUAACACUUUUAAUAAAACAGGAUUUCCAGAAUUCUUGGAGCAGGUACAGUGUGUUGCUGCUUCCCUCCAAUAUCUCGUACAGCUGUGAAAGAUUGGUGUGGAUAUUUUCUUUGGGAUGAUGCAGCAAUUCUUCAGUAGAAAACAGCUCAUUAUGCAGGCGUAUGAAUAAAAUGAGUGAACUUCUGGAACGAAUGUACUGCACAUACAAGUAUUGUCAAGUACUUGUCUGCAAAUAGGUCCUGUCCAUUGAAUUUAUGAAUGUCACUUGGUCUUCUCAAAGUAAACAUGCUUCUGUAACAGUGAUAUAUUCUGAAUGUGCUCAUGGUGCGUUUCAAACCCUUUCCCCUGAUAUUAUCCCUGUGUUUUUAAGAAGAAAAAAAAUACAGAAAUUUGUAUUGUGAUUGCAAGGAACUGAGGGAUUUGCCAGAAAGCCAUAAAAUGGUUUGGCAAGCCUAGAGGCACGGAUAGAGGAUAACUCGUUCAUGAAGUCUGUGUUAGAGGAAAGGAAAUGCAAUUAGAUUGAUGUCUCUUCAAAAGUUAGGAGCAUCAGAGUUGGCAAAGCAAUUCUGCAAAUAUAGCUGCACUUUUAAAGCUUGUAUGACCUUCUGAGAAUGUGAUACUCUCUUAGUAUCAGGCUGCAGUUUACAUGAGGUUUGCUCCUACUCAGUUUUGGUUUGAGACAUUUUUAUCCAUUAUGCAACUAAUUCUGUUCAAGCCCCCAGCUAGUUAUUAGGUGUACUUGUCACCUGUCUUCUGUGGUGAAAGUUCUUGCGUAAGCCUGAGACACCAAUAUCAAACCUUUACUGGGACAUAUCAAAAGUGUCGCUAGGGACCACGAUGGGAGCCUAGUGAUUGCCAUACAAAAAAAAAAAAAUCAAUGUUUCUUACCAAGCUUGUUGCCUCGGUAAUACAUUGUUGGUAGUGAGUUCUAGUGGUAAAAUAUGCAUAAAUACAAUGUAUAGUACUUUUUCUGUUUGAUGUUGUUGCCAUUUCAUUUCACUGAACACCUGCUUAUUAAAGUGCUGUUGGGAAGGUGCCAAGGAUCACCUGUUCAGCCUUCUCUGUCCUGUUCAUGAUUUCUAUACCUCAAUAUCUCCUCUCCUCCAAAUCCAUCUUCAGAUCCCUCUUUGUGAAUAUUGGUACUUCUGUGGCCAUUCUGGUUUUGUUCAGGCUCUUUUUGAUGAUGAUAAGACCCAAAUGCAGAUCAAAAGGUGGAAUACCUCUUAGGGAGUAAGGUUUUCAUAUUAACAUCUCUUGUUAAACCAAGACAUUUUAUUUUCUUUUUAAUCACUACUCCACAUGAACAAGUCAAAAUCUUCUAAUCUGGAAGAUAAGAACACAUUCAUAACAUAAUGUAAGAAUUACUGUUCAUGUUAGCACUGGCAAUAUAUAUUUCCUUUUUCUGCCAUAUGAUGAUUUUUGUAUCAUUGCUGUUGUUGGGUCCUUGGUUCUGCAAGAGCUACCCCGCACAUUCUGCUUAUCCUAUGUGUCUGUAUUUCAAACUACGUCCCUGUAGAUGGCUCCACUACACGAUAUUUUCUUUAAGAAUCACCAGUAGCAGAUGAUUUCAUGGGCUUAAUGAAGUAUUUUUGAGUAUCACUGGCUUAUAACUUAGGAUCAAGGAAGUUUUUGCUUUUUGGAAGGAAGCAGCAAGAGAAAAAAAAAAGCAUCUUGUUGAAAUGCAAAUACACAUUUGUAUCAGAAAUCACAAACUUUGCCAGGGGUGUAUGAGUCUAAGUAAAAGGGUGCUUGUUCUCUGCAUUUUGAUCAAGUUGAGAAUGUCAUGCACAGUGCUGGCCUUUUAAUAAUGCUGGCGAUGGAAAGAGCCUUACAGUGACUACAGCAUGAUUUAUUCUGCCAGUACCACAUUAGGUGGCAUUGUGCAAAAGGAAAAAUUAGGCUUAUGUACCAUUCUUAAGUAUGUUAUGUAUUAUAAACAUUUAAAAAAAAAAAAGCUAAUCGCCCCCCCAAACUAUAGAUAGUGGAUGUAGUUGCUGUCCUUGACCAGUAUCUUAAAGUGGAAUAAAGGGCCAAAUAUGACACCAUGGAGCUGUAGGAUCACUUCCCUCCCAUGGGAGAAAAUGGACAACCCCACUAGACAGCCCCAGCCAUAAAAUUGCCUUCCUCUAGGACCUUCCUAUAGAAUGUAGUAUAGGAAGACAACCAGGAGGACUUUGGAAUGCAGAGAUUCACUACAGAACCAUGAUUUCCUGUCAAUCAAGCUGUUUUCCUUAAGCUCAGUGACAUCUUUAAUCCCGAACUGUCCCAUGGGUUUCUUUUAACAAACAAUUCCAGUGAAAGGCUGGAAGGAGUCAAAGGCUUCUCACUGCCAUUGUUUUCCUGAACCUGAAAGUUGUGUACUCCAUCUGUCAAGCAGGGUCUCCACCCCUGUGUGUCCCACAAAGAGCUUAAAUUUUGGUCUUUGGAAUUUUUUCUCCCGUUCUCUAAAUUUUCUAGUGUAGUCUGAAGUAGUGAGAGCCUUGAUGUAUCAGUACCCUCUCUAGUCAGAAACUCAGUGUGGCUGCAGCACAGUGAAUAAAAGCAUGUCAUGAAAUGCUGAUCAGUGGGGAGGCCAGCAGCCUCUUGUGUCUGUAAGCCAGGCAGAGACAUGUUGAGAAUAUGACAUAAAAGUUGUUGCUCUCGUCUCCUAUAAAUUCCAUCACAAAGAAAAAUGUGGGCUGAACAGGACAAAUGGCUGAGAACACACUUUACUCCUCAUCGAGCUCCUGCUUGAAAAAGCUAUAUGGAUGCUGUAGUAAGUAUAUCCUUACAGUCAAUGAUAACUGCAGUCAUGGGAGAAGGAGUUCAAAGUGCCCUGGACCAGUUCUGCUGGGCUUCAUUUGAAAAAGAAGCAUCCUUAAUAAUGGAGGAAGCCAGCUCUUCAGAACCAGUGUGAAAGUACAUCUGUGCUUUGUAGAUAAUGUUUGGAGCUAUUCACUCAGUAAUAAUGGGCAUUUCAUUGGUUUCCAACAAGAGAGUUACAUCUUCAGCUUCAUUCCCUGGUGAUUUACCAUCAUUUACCAUGUGGUAGAAACUGUGCUUUUUGCCUGUUUGCAUCUCUGCUUCUCUCAAUACACCAAACUGUGAUUUGAGCCUUAGAAAUUUAGACCAUUGCCCAUUACUCAUGGCUUUUAGCCUGUGUUCAUGAACUUGACAUUUAACAUCUCCAUUAUCAGAAGGGCCAUUCAGUUAGUAAAUUAGCUGCAUCAUCCAAGGGAUGGGCGGAUGGGGAGGAAAUUAAAUUAAAUUCGUUUCUUUAUGUAAUAAUGAAAAGCAAUAAUUGCAAGUAUGUCGUAUUACACAAAGGCCAUAAGUAAUCUUUACCAGUGUUAAGAGUGCACUUGAACUGUAAUAUGGAAAGAGGUUGGAGCCCUCAGAGCUGUAGCAUUCUUUUGUCAUAGGAAUACCUGAAACACUAUUAAUCAGCAAUGCAAUGAGCCCAUACUGCCGCUUUUCAGGAGAUGACAAAGAUGUUUAGGAGUGAAAGCAGUUCUCUUUAAAGCACUGUAUUGGAAAAGAUUGUCUUGUAAAUUUUACCUGUCUCAAGCAGGCUGGUUUGUAAAGAUGUAUGUUUUGGUGUUUAAAAAGAAGUUUAUAAAAUAAUGUAUAUAAUGGUUUCAAAUUACCAGGCUUUUGUAGAUAUUUGAUGCCAAUCAGGUUGCUUUAAUUUCUUUUGUUUGUUUGUUUGUUCGUUUGUUUGUUUGAUAUAAUUCUAAAGAGUCAUCAAAGUUGGUUUAAACUUCUAAGAUAACAGAAAAAACAAAACAGUUUUAGAUCUGAAAACU